UGACCCCACACUUCAUUCACUUCACUCUCAAAUCAUUAGGCUCCUUCACAUUCGAUUCAGACGGUCUAAUAGCCCGAAGCCAUUUGCUCUCUUUAGGUGUCGUUUAGACUGUAGGUUGCGCUUAAGCACACCCCGCUGUCGAAGCCCAGAGCCCUCGGGAUAUUUUUAGCUCUGGUGAUGUCCGCUGUCAUCUAACGGAAAGAUCAUCCCGGAAUCACAGAGCGAAUCUCCACGGUGUCUGCGGGCGCUCGCUUGAGUCGCUUAAUCUAACAUGAGGGCUCAAAGCGCUUUUAUUAUAUGGACUGCGAUUGUUCUGCAUUCGUCUGUCAUCAAAGGUCAGACCAUGGACUCAUCUCCAGACGUGAGAUCCCCUCUGAAUGAAGUCACUCCGAAAGAUCGCAUGACUUCAGAAAGUGACAUUUUGGAAUCACGAGCCAGUACAGCCUAUCAAAGCGUCUCCUCUCCUUCAACUAAUUUGUCAACUGACGAGGUCAGACCUACUGUUCCUUCUCCAUCACAGUCAUCCAGAGACGCUGUAGUGCACAAUGACACCUCUCCUUCAUCAGCCAUCUCACAGACCCCGGAGCUACAAGAUGUCACCACCCUCAACAUGGACACAGCCUCAGUACCAGGUUCUUCUGCUAGCAGCCCGUCAAUUUCUUUUUUGAAGAGCACCGUUUCAGAUUCAGUAGCCACCACAGCUCCUGCAACAUCCAUCAGUCCAAGUGAAGGACCUCAGACUGUCUCUUCUUCAGCCAGCAGUGUGAUCCAGACAACACAAACAGCUCCACCAUUCACCACCACUUGCCCUCAGGCAUCUCAGAUCGCCCUGACCAGCAGUUCAAAGGUCACUGGACCUGCUCCUUUGGAAGACCAGGAUGAAUCUUCUGAACUGGAUGUGGGGGAUCAAGAGUCAGGGAAGGUUCCCCACCGCCCUACAUCGCCCCUGGACCCCCUGCUCGCUGCUCUGGUCACCGUUUUCAUUAUUUGCACUGCCAUGGUCUCAGCCGUCCUCUUCCUCAGGUUCCGUCAGAGGAGUGAGCAUCCAGAAUUCCACCGGCUUCAAGACCUUCCUAUGCAUGAUCUUCUAGAAGACACGCCUUUGUCAAGAUACACCUAUUAGCAAUCAGGGCUGCACGAUUAAUCAAAAAAUAAAAACAUAAAUAAAAAAAUCACGAUCUCGAUUCAUACAUAAAUGUGAUCUCAUUUCUAAAUGACAGCGAUUCACUUGCAUGUUUGUCCCUCCAUUCAGAUCACACUGCAUUCACUUAUUUACUUUACAACAAUCCAAGAUGCUAUCAGUCAGACUUAUUGGUCACAAUCACACAGUGUAAAACAAAACACUUAUAGAUGAAAAAUAUCAGUUUCUACCAAAAAUAUUAGUUGUCAGAAGAUGAAAGCGAUAUAUUUGUCAUAGUACACUUUCAAUGUUUAUGGGGAUUUCUCGCGUCAGCGCUGUUCAAUGCAUUGCAUCAGUGCCAUAGAUCUCUAUGAAGUGAAAUAUCAGCUUCAGCGUUACUAAGGUGAUGUGUUGCUAGUCGAUUGACGCUUGUGAGGUGGUGUUUAAUGAUGAUUAUAAAACGGAUAGUUCCGGUCCUUGAUUCUGAUUGGUUGU